AUGGUUCGCCGCUACGACACACACUGGAGCCCGCUGUCCGCAACUCACAGCGGCAGCGGCAGCGCAAUCGCCAGUUCUUCCUCGUCGCCACCCAGCUACGUUGAGGACGAGCCCGACUACGAGAUGUACGACUACGGCCAGGGCCAAAACCAAGCGAACAAAGCCGCACCGACAGCGACAGCGUACCCAGCAACAGCACACAUGGUCUACGCACCACAAGCACUAGGAUCGGCACCGGUCCAACCCGCUGAACAAUCAGCAUCAGCACCAGCACCAGCGCCCGCGCCAUUCGACAACGCCGCCGCCGAACAGCAAGCCCAGAACCGCAUCGCCGUAGGCCGCAUGAGGAAGCGGUGUGUGUGCGAGUUCUUCAAGGGUUGCGGGAUUCUGUUCGGGAUUCUGUUCCUCAUCGUACUGGCGGGGACGGCUUGCUACUAUGGAAAAUUGCUUUAUCGGGCGCAUGAGUGUAAGAAGAAUCCAAUGGCGGAGGGUUGCGAGCCUGGAUGGGAGAGGUCGCUUGAUUUACGUGGUCAGUAG